CAUCAUUGAAGAAUCGCAUGCAGAGGCAGCUCCUGUUCGCCUCUCUCAGCAAAGCUCAUACACGCAGCUUCAGUUCAACAGCAUCAAGGAUGGGUGUCACAGUCGAACGUAUCAGCCCCGGUGACGGCAAGAGCUAUCCCAAAGCCGGCGANAAUGUCUCUAUGCACUAUGUCGGCACACUGCAGAGCAACGGCAACAAAUUUGAUUCCUCCAGAGACCGAGGCACACCUUUCCAGACCAAGAUCGGCGUCGGACAAGUGAUCAAGGGCUGGGAUGAAGGCGUACCCCAGCUUUCGCUUGGCGAGAAGGCCAAACUGAUUUGCACUCCUGACUAUGCCUAUGGCGCUCGAGGAUACCCUCCUGUUAUUCCAGCCAACUCGACACUUAUCUUCGAAGUCGAGCUACUGAAGAUCAACUAGGCUCAGCCUGAUCAGCUGUAAAGCAUGCUACCAUCAUGCAAAGGGCGAUCCGUUCCGUCUACAGUACACAUCGAAUUAAAAAACCUGUGCCUUUUGCACACCUGAUUCAGCUACGUCAGAGAGGGGAGCCGGUGCAGAGUGAGACAGCUGUACGACGGCCGAGGAUACUUUUGUCCUCGGUGCUGUGCGGUGCAGAUGCACGAGCUCAUCUGGCCUGACGAGUCCAUCCCUACUAGAGCUGACGUCGUCAGGGAUGGCCAACAACACUGGCAGUGCAACGGCCUCCUCGCGACGGCGUCCACUGCCCGACUUGCCAACGACACAACGAGCAGUGAGAGCAUUGCCAUCGCUCAAGAGUCAC